GCGAAGACCUUUAUGAAAAUUUUAACAAUUACCAAUAUGAAUCAACCUCAACCUUUAAUACCUCAAACCGCUAGUAUCCCUCUAAAUUCAUCUUUUAAUAAUCUUACUGCGAAACAAAAAUAUGAAAUUUUAACUAAAGGUACUACUGACAUGUUUGGUAGUGCGCAAGAAAUAGAGAACCAGACAGCUCCUCAAUUUCCGACUGAUAUUCUUUCUGGAUCAUCUUUUCGUUAA